AUGAAAAAUUUCCCGGGGUAUUACACCGCAAUAGUGGAGGAAGAAGGUGCAAAUGAGCCUGAGACAUUUAAAGAAGCAUCUCAAGAUCAGAAGUGGAAUAAAGCUAUGAAAGAAGAAAUGGCAGCACUAAAACAGAAUCAGACUUGGGAGCUUGUACCAAAACAAAGUGAUGUGAAGCCGAUAUCUUGCAAGUGGGUGUUCAAGAUAAAACGUCGAGCAGAUGGGUCAAUCGAAAGGGAUAAGGCUCGUUUGGUGUCUCAUGGAUUUUCUCAACAAUAUGGACUAGAUUAUGAUGAAACUUUUAGUCCAGUUUCAAAGCUUACAACUGUACGAGUCCUAUUAGCACUUGCAGCCUGUAAAAAUUAG